UGAUACCAUUUCUCUUGCUUCCCCAUUUUUUGCAGGCACCCUCAAUUUCUCAUGCAUGAAAUCCCCUGCUUCAGCUGAGGAGAAAGCAAGACAAGCUAACGAAUCAAUUCUCAACCCCUGUCAUUGGGCUGAUUGCGGAGGUGGCUCCUGUAAUAGGACUUCAAUUCUCUCAUACAGUUGCCUAUGUGAUGAGGGCUACUACAAUCUCUUCAAUCUUACUGCUUUCCCAUGCUACAAACAGUGUGGAAUUGGUUUGGAUUGCUCGAAUCUUGGGAUUUCAUCUUCAAAUAAUACUGUUUCAGCACCCCCUUCGGCAGCCAGUGAUGGGUCUAGAGGCUCACUUAUGCAAGGGAGUUAUCGCUGGUUAGUUGCCCUGAUGUUCUUUUGGGCAUUCUUCAGUGCUCAUAAAGCAAAAGGCAAAGUAGAAAGCCGAUAUCUCUUGUACCAUGUUAGAACUGGAGAUUGCGGAUGACGUUUUUGUGAUAGCCUUAUUCGGAGGUCUGUUUGAUGCGGGAUAUUUAUUGUACUCCAAUGAGCUGUUGUACAGAUUAGUUUCAUUGAACCCGACAGACAAGUGAAUGGGCAUAGAAGUUUUCAUGAGAGUGAGAUAUUAGUUGAUUGUCCAAUUCUCAUGCUUGUAUUAGUCCUCUCAAUUCCUUAAGAUCUUAGUACAUGAAUCGUCUUGCUCAUAA